GUGACGACUCAUCGUACCUAUCUAAACCUGACUCAGAAUUUGAAACGUCAAAUCCAACGCAAAAUUUUUAGUGUUUCACUCCGCAGUUUUCUUCAUUACGUCAUCAAUAUUAUCUGUGAACAUAUAAAAAUAUAUAAAUAUUCUCAUAUAAUGAAGUGGUUUGCGGGAAGUAUUAACGAAGCGGUUGCGACGUCUAAAUCGAGAAAGGCAGUUUUCGUCGUGUUCAUUGAAGGCAAAGAUGACACAUCGAUACAACUUGCCCAGGCAAUUGAUACUACAGAAGUUUCUUCUCGCUUAGAAGGCGAACAUUUUGUAUCUAUAAGACUAGAAAGUGGCUCUGAAGCUUAUAGAUUCUUUGCCCAGAUUUAUCAAUUGGUACCAGUACCAUCUUUGUUUUUCAUUGGGGAAAAUGGUACGCCAUUGGAAAUUAUUGCUGGUAGUGCAACUUCAGCUGAGUUAGCUUCCAAAAUUGAUAAUGUAUUAAUAAAAGCAGGAAAGAGUAAUAAACAAUCUUCGUUAAACUUAAUUGAUGCAGAACAGAAAGCUACAACUAGUAGCAGCAGUAAUAAUAAUGCUAUUGAGACUACUGUACCUAAUGUGAAUGACAAGAACUCAAAUCCAAAUGCAAAUGUAACUUCUGGUACAACAGAAUCUGUUAAAUCAGACAUUUCAAAUAAUGAUAACAAUACCAUAGAAGAUAUGGCAAAAAAUGCGACUUCAUUAAACACGGGAAGUCAAGACAAUAAUGAAGUGUCAACAAAGACAAAUACUGAAACUAAACAAGAUAAUCAAAACAAGGAAUUAACAGCUGAGGAAAAACUCGAAAGAGCACGACAAUUAAUUGAACUUCAGCGAAAACAACGUUUAGACGAAGAACAAAAAGCAGAACGGGAACGUGAAAUUGAACGACGCAAGAUGGGACGCGAUGCACAAAAAAUGCGGAAAAUGCAACAAGAAUUGGAAAUAAAACAAGCUCAUGAAGAAAGAAUGCGAGAAAAGGCUGCAGAAGCUGCAGCUCGUGAAAAAGUUAGGCAACAAAUCGCUCAAGACAAAUUAGAACGAAAACAGAAAGAACUCGCACUGCAACAACAGGUGCAACAACCACAAUGUCAAGAGCAACCCAAAUAUAAUUCAACAACUAGUAACGUGACUGUUACCAGGAUUCAAUUUAGAUUACCGUCCGGUAAUUCCCAUACAGGACAAUUUGAACCGUCAGAGACUUUGCGCACUUUACGCACUUACGUUACCGAGAACAUCGAUUUACCUUUUCGGCAAUUUGUCAUGUCGACAUCAUUUCCCAGAAGAGAAUUGACUAACGAAGAAAAUGACAAAACCCUUUUGGAGCUUGAAUUGGUCCCAACCGCUGUUAUUUUAAUUCUUCCUUUGAAAAAUGUAAAUAAUAAAAAUUCUAAUGUCACAACAAUGGUAACGUCAACACAAGAUACUGGAUUCUUCUCUCGCUUCAUAUGGUCUUUUUUCACGCCCGUUAUUCGUAUUUAUAAUUAUAUAGUAGGUUACUUUUCCGGCACUAACGGAGACGCGAAUCAACAACGCGGCGAUUCCAACAGUGAUACUGUAGAAGUGACUAAUAAUCGCGACAGAGCUAUUUCACCGAAUCGACGAAAUGUAGUUCCGUCUUCGGGUUUGUUUAGAAGAUACUUGGGUAAUCAAGGAGGGACAACAAUCAGGGCGCAAGGGAAUAUACACAGACUGCAUUCAGGUGGGGAUGAUAAUGAUGAAAAUAAUACUUGGAACGGUAAUUCUACACAGCAAAUGUAAAGUAAUGCAAAUCUCGUUCCAAUCACAUUACAAACAAUCUUUAUUCAAUCAAUUAUUAUUCAAUUAAUUUUCAUUACAUGAAUUGUUAUAAUUAAUAUUCACACCCUUCACCGUUUGUUGUGCAUUUUUUCUUGUACAACAUCAAAACUUAUGUGCAAUGUAUUUUUCACACAAGCUUGAUGCGCGAGUUCUGUCAUAUAUGUUCGGCUAUAGCAUUAUGGAAAUAAGUAUUUGUCAAUUGAUAUUUUGACAAUUAGCAAUAACAUGAACAUUAUCUGGAUUGUUAUAAUGUUAAAGUUUAUUGUAAUGCUGUAAUGUAACAUUAAUGCAUUAUGAUAAUUGGUUAAAUAUAUUUCGAAAAAAAAAUUGUGGGAAUGUCGAGCCACAAGUGAUAUAUGGACCAAAUUGAGAAGGUUCGUAAAAAUUAACAUGCAGUUACAAAAA